CCUGUUUCACCAAUCCCUCUAUUUAAGAUAACAUCUGCUGGAUCGGAUGAGAUCCUUCAUCUUCCUCGCCGAGGAACUCUUUGAAGCCAGUCACCCCGGCCGUCUUUGACACCAGUCCAAUGGAGUACUUGAUUCAGAAAAUGUCAUCUUCGGAUCCACAGCCUAUCAAACUACAUUUGCUGAGAACAAUCACAGAGGAUUUUUCUAAGAAGAUGAGAAUUGGUAGUGGUGGCUAUGGAGAAGUUUUCAAGGGACUGCUUAAUGGGGACGAAAUUGCUGUGAAGAAGCUCUUUCCUGUCCAUGGAGUUGAUGAUGUAGCAUUUGACAAUGAAUUUCGUAACAUUAAGAAGGUUCGGCACAAUAAUGUCAUACGGAUGAUUGGUUACUGCUAUGAGAUAGCACAUAGAGAUGUUGAAUACCAAGGGAAGUUGGUUUGGUCUGAAGUAAUAGACCGAGCUAUCUGUUUUGAAUAUAUGAAGGGAGGAAGCCUUGCCACUCAUAUUUCAGCCGAGUCAUGCAUACAUGAUUGGCCUACAACGUACAAAAUAAUCAGUGGGACUUGCCAGGGUCUCCACCACCUUCACACAGGAGGAGAACAGAAGAUUUUUCAUCUGGACCUAAAGCCGGAUAAUAUCUUGCUGGAUGAAGAAUUGGUACCCAAAAUAGGAGAUUUUGGUUUGUCCAGGCUCUUUGGUAAUUCAUAUACCCACCAAUUAAGCACUACAAAAGGAACAGUUGGGUUUAUGCCACAAGAAUACAUACACAAUCGCAAGGUGUCACCAAAGAAUGAUGUGUUCAGUCUCGGAGUCAUAAUUUUUCACAUGAUGGUGGGGGAAAAGGGCUAUGGCAAUUAUUGGGAUGCGCGUCGUCGUCCGAAUUUUUCACCAAAAAUUCAACAAGAAUUUAUUAAGAGUGUACUGGAAUACUGGAAGACGAAGAUGGAAGCAACUGUGGGUUAUAGGUGGGACGGAACAGACAUCCUAGGAGUAACAAAAUGUGUCGAAAUGUCAAUGCGUUGUGUGGAGGAUGACCGAGACAAAAGACCUUCGAUAACGGAAAUUCUGGACGAGCUCAAGGAACUUGAUUCUAAGAUGGAGGAGAUGUUAAAUGAAGAUCCGAAACCACUUUCACGGCAGCUGAAGGGAAAAAGCCACGUCAGUGAUUUGGAAGUGUUGAAGCAGAACAAAAGUCCCAAUGAUUUGGGAAAAGAUAUUUCCAUGGAUCCAUCCCUGGAGCUCCGCUUCCCAUUUGAGCCAAAGCGCGAUGUAUCAUGCUGUGUGCAGCUCAUCAACAAGACGGCCAGCUUCAUCGCCUUCAACAUAAACAUGCACCCAAACAAGUACCGAGCACAGCCAAACCUUGGAAUUCUGCCACCAUGUUCCAAGUGCUAUAUCAUCCUGACUUUGCGAGCUCAGAACGAGGCACCCCGGAAUAUGACAUGCCAUGAUAUGGCUAUUGUGCAGUCGACAAUAGUGCCUGAGGGAUUCACAUCUGAUAAAAUUACUCAAGACUUUCUCAAGAAAGCCAGCUCAGAGAAUGAGGUGACAUUGCCGAUUGUUUAUGUUGCCCUGGAGAAGCCUCUACUGGAAUAGCGCAAGCGAGCAAGCCCAGUAAGGGGCCUUUCAGCCUGUGUCAUGUUGUGUAGGAGCUAUCAAUCCGAGAGAGACUUGAGGAUACCAUCAAAACUUAAUUCUGCAUCAGUUGUGUGGGGACUACUCCAACAUUUAUGUUUUUCUAUCAACCAUUUUUUGAAAAACAAAAGCACUGUAAUGGCACUACGGAUGAUAUGCAUUGUUGUUGACUAAGAACAAAAUUGUAGUUGCUGCCUGUAAUAGUCCAAGUAUACCCUCUAUGCUUCUUCUAUAAAGAUAGCUGUUUUUU